AAUUUAUAGACGACAAUUGCUUCACACAAGGGUCCUACCAACAUCUCUGUCCAUAGGAAUGACGUCGGUGAAGUGUUAAUCAGCUGAUUCUGAGCGAUCAAAUGAACCAAAAUAACACGGUUUUACCUGUUAAAAGACGUUCAACAUCUACAGACAAUUGACGAUUUUCUGGUCGGACACGGUUGACAUGCUUUAUUUGGACCGUCAUCAUGGACAAGAUUUUGGAGGGCCUCGUGAGCUCCGAUCACUCAAUUCCAGUGAAGAGGGCCAUUGUGAAGAAGGUAGUAGAAGCCGCGGAGAAGGAAGUGACUGAAGAGCAGUGUCAAUCGCUGUUUACUCUUACCACCCGCCUCAUCUUGCUCGGCGAAGAUGCCUUUCAGAAGCAGAUCGGCUUCCAGGUUUUGGAUGCCUACGCACGUUACCACCGCCCAGAGUUUGAGCACUUCUUCAGUAAAGACUUUGUCCUCAGUCUUCUCCAGCAGGGCUAUUUCCAUCUGGACCGCAAAGACCCAGCCAUUAUAGACUACAUUCACUGCUGCCUGCGGCUGCUCAUCAGCUGCCCAUCUGUGCUGGAGAUCUUCAGCGUGAUCCAGGUGGAGGUUUUAAGGAUGGUGUGUGAACGUCCAGAGCCGGCUCUCUGUGCCCGCCUGAACACUUUGCUGUCAGACUUUGUGCAGUGCAUCCCGAGGGAUAAGUCGGGCGUCUUGUUCUGCCAGCAGCUGGUGAGGACCAUCAGUUACUUCCACUGCUUUGCCAGCCAAGAGCGGGAGCUGAGAGAGUAUGUAGGUCAGGUGACCAAGGUUAGCACACUACUGCAAAACAUCUGGAAGGCGGACCCGGCCACACUGCUUCCCUCACUACAGGAAGUCUUUGCCAUUAUCUCUUCCACAGACCCCUCAUUUGACCCAUCCAUUGCUCUGGCCAGCCUGGUGCAGCACAUCCCCGUCCAGAUGAUCACGGUGCUUAUCAAGAGUCUCACCACAGACCACAAUGUCAAAGACGCAAACAUGACUAAAGCGCUCUGCAGGAUGAUUGAUUGGCUUUCUUGGCCUCUGGCCCAACAUGUCGAUACCUGGGUCAUUGCUUUACUGAAAGGACUUGCUGCAGUUCAGAAGUUCACUAUCCUCAUAGACGUCACUCUGCUUAAAAUUGAACUGGUAUUCAGUCGUCUGUGGUACCCCAUUGUGCGGCAGGGGGCGCUAGCUGUGCUUUCCCAUAUGCUGCUGAGUUUCCAGCACUCUCCUGAGGCCUUCCAUUUGGUUGUUCCACAUGUGGUGCAUCUAGUCCAGUCUUUGAGGACAGAUGGUCUCCCCACCAGUAAAGCUUUUUUGCUGCAGUUCACUGAGCUCAUACACUGCAUGAUGUACCAAUACUCUGGCUUCCCUGACCUCUAUGACCACAUACUAGAGGCCAUCAAGGAUCUCCCAAAACCUGGAGAAGAGAAGAUCAAGUUGGUGUUGAAUCAAAGUGCCUGGACAUCCCAGUCCAACUCAUUUGCCUCAGGUCUUCAGAGGCAAGUUGGGAAGUCUGAAACGGGCAAGACUGGCCUGGUCAACCUGGGGAACACGUGCUACAUGAACAGCAUCAUUCAGACCCUCUUUAUGGCCACAGAUUUCAGACGGCAUGUUUUAUCAUUACAUCUAAAUGGUUCCAACACAUUAAUGAAAAAGCUCCAGCUGCUCUUUGCUUUCCUUGCACACACUCAGAGGGCAGCAUAUGCUCCCAGAAACUUCUUGGACGCGUCUCGGCCGCCCUGGUUCAAUGCCGGCUCUCAGCAGGACUGCUCUGAGUACCUCAGAUUCCUUCUAGACAGGUUACAUGAAGAAGAGAAAACACUUCAGGUCCUGGAAUCAGCUAAGCCAAAGGUUGCCUCCCCCAUUGAUACAAGCAGCAAAGACCCAAAAGGUCAGAUUUGUCCAGAGGAGGGAGAAGAGUCAUCUUUGACUCCAGCAGAAACCAAACCUGGGGCUGACGGAAGGACGUUGAUAGAAACGAUGUUUGGUGGGAAGCUGAUCACAGGUAUUCGCUGUAUGCAGUGUAACUGCAUCUCUGAGAAAGAGGAGCGUUUUACAGACCUCUCUUUGGCCUUCUGUCCUUCUGUCAGCCAACCUGAGGGGCCCUCAGAGGAGCCCAAGGUCCUCUGUCAGGGAUCGGUCAACGGCGGCAGUGAAACUCCUGAGCCAAGCUUGGCCAAAGCCCCGGCUAGCAAUGUUCAUUUUGUGCCAGUGACAAAUGAGCCUCCUCUCUCUGUGCCUGACCUGGUGAACUAUUUCCUGGCUCCAGAGAUCCUGGACGAAGAGAAUGCCUAUUACUGUGAGAAGUGUAGCUCCCUCCAGCGGGCAGAGAGGACCAUGAAAGUGGUCUCAGCACCUGAAUACUUAAUCCUCACCCUGCUGAGAUUCUCCUAUGAUGCCAAAUGCCAUGUUCGGAGGAAGAUUCUGGACAAUGUCACUAUCCCGCCACUCAUGAGACUUCCUGUGCAUGUCGCUUCAAUGCCUGCACAAUGUUCCUCUUCUACCUCUUCCCCUCUGCAAGUGGAUUCUCCUGAGAGCAGUGAGAAUUUGGCCAAGAAGCUCAAACCGUCUCAGAAAGACGAGGAGGACGAGGAGAGGCUAAAUGGAGCAGAGCAGAUCAACAGAGGAGGAGAGAUGUCAGUACAGUCGGUGCCCUAUGUCCUCAGCUCAGUGGUGAUGCAUUCUGGUAUAUCGUCUGAGAGUGGCCACUACUAUUCCUAUGGUCGUAACAUUAAUGGAGCAGAUGGAACACAGCAUCCAGCCAAUCACUAUGCCCUCAAGGAGGAUUUGGGGAAUGGCCAUGCUGAGUGUAGCCUCUCCACCUGCUCAGCUCUCUCAAUUUCACCUGAACGAGGAGACACACUACCUAAUAGUGGCCAGGAGGCAAGGGAUUGGCUGCUGUUCAACGACAGCAGAGUGACAUUCUCGUCCUUCCAAUCAGUGCAAAACAUUACUAAUCGAUUCCCCAAGGACACUGCAUAUGUGCUCAUGUACAGGAAACAGGAGCUACCAGGGCAGAGUGUAAAUGGGGGACUAAUGGCAAAUGGAAUGAGACUGAGUGCUGAGCCUCCUCUGCAGAAAGAACUACUGGAUGCUAUUAUCAAGGACAACAAGCUGUAUUUACAGGAACAGGAGCUCAAUGCUCGGACCCAGGCUCUCCAGGCCCCUUCAUCCUCCUGCUCAUUCAGGCCUAACGGUUCAGAUGACAAUAACCCACCAGGGAGCUGCGGCCCAUCUGGCGGAGGAGGAGGAGGAGGGGGAGGAGGCUUCAAUACCAUUAGUAGACUGGUCUUCUGAAACCCAGAUGAACUGGCGCUAGGGGAGUUCUGAACUGAUCAUACGGGAGUCUGAACUGUCACACCAUAGAUGUGCAUAUAACCUAAUAAAAAGAGCACUGAAAUGAUACACACACACACACACACACACACACACACACACACACACACACACACACACACACAGAGCAUCUGCACUGAUUCUGAUCUUAGAUGUGAUUUAGUUAAAAGUCUUGAAGUUUUGACUAAAAUAGUUUUUAUACCACUGUUUCAGUCAUUAUUUAAUCAUUUUUAUUUAUUUUGAUUAUUUUUUGUGAUAUCAAGCGUUGUAAUCUUUUAUUAAUCCUCCAAAUUUCAGAACUUGAGGUAGAUAAUACACAUUGGUGCAAAAUGUACUUUCUCCCUUUAAUUGAAAUGGCUAAAUAAAAUUUGACAUUAUAGAAGUAACUUCAUUAAGCAUUAGUCUCCUAAUAAAUGAUAAAUAUGUCAAACUGGUUCCGUUUAGAACAUGUUCAUAUUAUCUGGCUAGUCGGAGUGUUUAUAAUGUUACCUCACACGCAAACAUAUCCAAAUACAUGCAUGUGCAAUGCACAAUACAGAAGAAAACAUUCAAGUGAAAAGUAAACUCUUUUUUGAUUUGACAUAGUUCUGAACACAGCUCGACCUUUGUUUACUCUUCUGAUUUGCAUGCAGCUUUUCUUCACGAGCUGUGGCGUUUGAUUUUCAAGAUAUUUGAACCCUUUUUGGUGUGUGCUUUGGUGGUUUUAUAGGUUUCAUAUCUCAUGCAAUAAAUGUACAUAUGAUUUAAACUAUCAUUCUGAACAACCAUGGAAUACAAAACUAUAUGUGGAAAAUGUAAAACUAUUUGUGGGAAAUUUCCAAGGUAAAGGCAUUUUCAGUAUGAGUAUUUAAUGCUGUUCUCCCAUUACUAGGUAGUGUGAUCUAAAAAGAGCUAAACUGCAGACUGCUUGUUUAAACACAUUUGACAGCAGUUAACUGUUUGAUGGCAUAUUUUAAUGUAUUCCUCAGAUUCGGUCAUUCAGGGAGACCUUUGUGUUCAUGCUGAUUUUAUGUGCCUUUUGAUAUUUAAUGCAGAUUCUUGAAGAGGAAUUUGUCAGGACAUACAACUUCAUCUGUAGUGUGGUAAUGUCCAUAAAGGCUUCACCUUUCCCUACAGUAAGAACAAAUCAGUAUUUGGCUGUAUUGUCUUCCUUAACUAGGCAAGUUGUGUAUGGUAAAGUUAUUUAAAGUGGUAUGUUGGCAAAGAGGUGGCUAGAUGUUGGGGGCUAAACUCUAAAUGCAAUGGUUAAUACAUGAUGAUAUAAUUUUUUUUUUUUUAAAUAAAAGCUAAGAUGAACUCAAUUCAUGAUGGCAGGAUGAAGCAAAUGGUUUCUGGAAACUUUAAAUCAGUUUCUGUGGAAAUGAGCCAAACACCAAAGUUAUGAGUGUUGUUGUUAUGCUCAAGCAUACCUCAAUGUCUGCAUCACCUUUCCACUGCAGAGAAUGCAUUCACCACUUGCAGCCAUCUCCAGUACUAUAUCUUCAUAUAUCUUGACUUGAAUAGAUCACCUACCUUACAUCAUUUAUAUUCUGUCUUGCAGUAUAUACAGUGUGGUAAUCUGGAUUUUGAGCUGCAAAUUAUAAUUUCUUUUAUUUCAAUUAAAGGCUUGGAAAGAAAAAUGCUUAAUGUUAUUGAUACUGCAAACCUUAAGCAUCCUUCUCAAAAAGUCUUUAGUACCCAAGUGACUUUGUUGAUUAAAAAAAAAUACAGAACUGGA